AUUUUAAUUUUAUUUAAUGUUUAUGUUGUUUAUAUAUAAAGGACUCGCUCGCUGAGACUCGCUCUGUCCGGGUUCCUGAUAAAGUGAAGCUACGUUCGUACUUCGCUUUGAGGGCUUCGUCGGAAAAAAAAAAAAAGAAGCUAUAUUCAUUUAAUCGGAAAAAUCCAUUGAAGUCCGUACAGAUUAUAGAAUCGAAAGUUGAAAGUAGUUCGAAGGGAGAAAAGCGAAGACUUUUUGGGUAAAAAAGUCGGAGAUUUUCCGAUUGGAGGGAGAGAAAAAUCCUCUUUAUUAAAUAGAGAAAAAAAAAGGAGCUUUUCCUGGAUUCAAAUCUCAGUUCUUAAGCCUCUGUACCAUUUUUUUUUUUUUUUUGACCUUUCAUCAUUUUGAUCUGAAAGGUAAAGAAAAAUGGCAGCACUGAAAGUGGCCACGACCUGUUUGCAUUGGUCGCAGCCAAUUGUUCCUCAUUCUUCAUCUUCUUCUUCUUCUUCCCAGACCCUAGCCUCCUCAAUCUCAUCUCCUUGUACAAAGCGUCGAAGCCACGGAAAUGGAGGAGGAGCUCCUAUGUUCGGUUAUGUUCAGAGAUUGGAUCGGUCAUCUCUGUUUGGAGCAAGAUUAUACAGGUCUCGAUCCUGCGAGUAUCCGAAAUCCAGGAUUCGAACUAUAAAAAAAGCUUGCAGUGCGAACCUAAACGCCUUUUCAGACGAAGAAUUCUCGAAGAAGAUUCAGGAAUUGGCUCUCGGAUUCCAGCUUUCCGAAGAUGGUGACGUGGAGGACCAAAGCAACACCGCCAUGGAUUCAGAUACAGAAGUAGAUUCUGAUUCUAAGGAAAAUUAUAGCAGUUCCAAAGAUGAAUCUUCCACAGUGAUAAACAGCAACAUCAACUUUGUACAGAGCGAGAGCCAAUUUCCAUGGCCUGAGAUCCCACAAGAGCCACCGGAUUGGCCGGGGAGAGACGAAAUAGUUCCGGCGAGCAUUGAACGGAAAGCUAACAGCGUCGAUCUUCCAUUGUCGCUUCGGAUUAUACAGAGGAAGCUGCAAUGGCAAGAUGGUUUUAAGGAAGCAGGGGAAUCCGCGUAUUGCUCUGUAAAAAAAGCUUUCUCAUCCAUGGUGUUCAUAAUCAGAGAACUCCACAGCUAUACGUUACAGAUGCGAGAACUUCUCUACUACGAAGAUUUACAGGGGAUUCUGAACCGGGUUCAGAAGGAGAUGCACGCUUCGUUCGUUUGGCUAUUCCAGCAGGUUUUCUCUCACACCCCGACUUUAAUGGUCUACGUGAUGAUUCUCCUUGCUAAUUUCACCGUCUAUUCCAUGGGCCACAACACUGCUAUUGCGGCUUCUUCUCCACCUUCUUCCUAUACUAGCACAACAGAGGUGGCUUCGGUGGUCGAAGUUGAGGACCAGAAGAGCAAUAAGUUUGAUUCUUCUGCAAUCAAGACGUUCUCUGUGUCGUCUUCGUCUUCGAGUGGGAAGACGACUUCAAUUGGAGGAAAUAAUGGCGGUGGUGGAAAGGUACGGUCAGUAGCUAGUGGAACAGAUGGUGAUGGACGGUUUGAUGGGUCGGACCAAUAUCGGAGAAUUGUUCCCGAUGGAGCAUCAUCAUCAUCCCAGUUGACGUCUUUUGGGUCACCGAGGGAGGCAGAGUCGGAGUCAGGGGAGGAGAGUAUGGAGGAAGAGGUAAAGCUGUGGAAUUCCAUAGUCGAAGAGGCUUCGAAAAUGCAGUCUGCAGUCAGACACGAAGCUCUUGAUCACGAGACAAUUAAGAGCUUCGUUUCGCCGGUGAAUGCGAAUAUUGAACCCGAUGACUAUGCAGAAUACUUCAGAACAGAGCUUCUGUACCAAACUUGUUUGUCCCAUGAACCCAACAAUGCCCUACUCCUUGCCAAUUACGCACAGUUCCUUCAUCUCGUUAACCACGACUACGACAGAGCUGAAGAGUACUUUAAGAGGGCAAUAACGGUAGAGCCACCGGACGCGGAGGCGUAUAACAAGUACGCUCAUUUCCUUUGGAGGGUUCGAAACGAUUUGUGGUCUGCCGAGGAAACCUUUUUGGAAGCCAUUUCAGCUGACCCAACAAACUCCUACUAUGCGGCUAACUAUGCUCACUUCCUCUGGAAUACUGGUGGCGAGGACACGUGUUUUCCUCUCAGCUCCCCUGACGCCACCGAAACAGCUUAGAAAAAGCUUAAAAAGAAAAACCAAAAUAAAUAAACCCCAGAGAAAAAAACAGGAAAAAAAAUUAUAAUAAUGGAUAAAGAUAAGCAUGCCACACCAUUCUACAAGAAAGAGUGUAAGAGAAAAAAAAGUCGAGAGAUAAUGCCAGUUAAUUUUAUCCAGAAGAGUUUUGACAUUUUGUGGUUAUAAACUUUGGCGGAGUGAACAGGAGAAAAGCUGGGUUGUUGGGGCUGCUGGUGGCGUGGAAUGGGUUGAUAUGUGAACAUGGUGGCCAACAUGGGGAUAUGUGGCAGUUUGUCAUGACAUCGAGAUCUACGGAUGAGAUUGUUGGAAUUGCAAGGCAUGAGAGAAUGCCUGCUUGAAGGGGUUUUUGCUUUGCACAGAUAAAUUGUGUUUUUUUUGUUUUUAAUCUGAUAACACGUUCACAUGGCAAAGUGUAAUUAGCUUUUUUUGUGUUUUGUUUUUGUUUUUUGGGGUUCUUUUGUUAAUAUAGUGCGAUUUGGAAAUUAGAGAAAAAGAAAUCUGAGAUUUUAAUCUAAUAAAAUACUUUUGCAAAGAAGCACGUGUUCUUGAGCAAUUAAUUAUUA